AUGGCUUCCAACAGCAAAGGAGCUGAUUAUCUCAAUGACCAUGACACCAACGAUCACCCUCGAAAGGCUGAUACCGCUCGCAGUCUCUUCUCUGGCUCUGCUCUUGAGGAGCUACUGAAAGAUGAAUCCAUCACAUCCCAACUGCCUCACGAUGUUAUUCAUUCUCGCCUUCUAUUUGAUAAGACAGACAACUACUGGUGGGAUACUACCGCCGUUACCCUGAGCAAGCUCAUGCUCCAGGCUGAUUACCCAUUGUCUCUCCACUAUAAGAAUCUCGCAUAUUUCUACGACAUUGUUUUACCAGCAUGGGGUCCCAUCCCCCUCAAGACAGAUGGUCAACCAGGAGGUCGACCAUGGAAGCCCACCAUGCUUGAAGAUGGCUCGAACUAUGAGCCCAGCCUCAAUUUGAAAACUACUGGAACCACAGAGACCGCCGUACGCUUUUCCAUCGAGUGCAGCGAUGCACGCUCAGGGACAGCGGAAGACCCGCUGAACCAGAAGGCGGCACAUGAUCUCAUCAUGCGCUGUGCAGCUGCAGAUCCAGAUUUCGAUCUCACUGUGUACAACUACAUGCGCGAAGCGUUGAUGUUUGACGACAAGGAGGCCCUGCGCCUGCAGCACGAUUUCCCAGACUGUAAGGUGCCCCAGAUCUUCUUUGCGUUCGAUUUCGAGCGUAGUGGGAGAAUCCUGGGCAAGUGUGUGCCAUUCCUCUAUUGGAAGAGCAAACAAUUAGGUGUCCCGCAAAAGGAACUCGCCAUGAGAGUAAUUUCAGGCGUUCCAAAAGUCGGGCACCUGUACAAGGAUGCUCUCGCCGUAUUGGACGGUUUCAUGAGCUCGUUCCCGGCUGACCUUGGCGGCGAGCCGUCUGCGGAAUGCCUGAAUUUUGACGUUGUAAAACCUGGCAAGAGCUCGAGAAUCAAGGUUUACAUUCGCCCGUCCAGAACGUCGUUCAAUUCGGUAAAAUACUUUUACACCCUUGGUGGCCUGCGAACAGACGAAGCGACGCUUAAGGGUGUAGAUGUCCUUCGCAUCUUCUACGAAGUUGUUUUCGACAUCAAAGCCGGCGAGGAAGACAAAGAGCUCACCGUAUACAAUCCAGGAUGGGGCAGCGUCCUUUUUAAUACCGCAUUCAAACCUGGUGCUGCACUUCCUGCACCGCAGUUCUACAUCACGAUAUGGAAGUUCUUGCCAAACGAUAAGUCCAUUGUGGAGCGACUGAUUGCCUUUUGGAGACGGAUUGGAUGGAAUCAGCAGGCCGACAAGUAUAUGAAAGAUUGGCAGGAUACGUUCCCGUGGAUUGAUGGCCGUGGGUCGGGGAACAUGGAUGUAAUAUCGCUCGCAUACAAGGAGGAUGGAUCCGGUGUGUAUCAGAGCGUUUACUACUCACCAAUGGCGCAUGUUGCAGCUGAGAAGUUAGGCUAUCGCUGA